AUGUUAUGGUCAUCUUGGAUCUUGACUCCGGCCUUGCUGGCCAUUGGUUCGCACGCCAUUCCUUUUGAAGAAUAUAUUCUUGCCCCACAUUCAAGAACGCUGAAUCCUUCUUUGGUGUAUCAAGUCAACGGCACUGUGGACAAUCCUGAAGCUCUCGUCGGUCUUACAGCUGAUCAAACAACUCUCCAUGGCAAGUCGUCCGUGACUUAUGAUUUUGGACGCAAUAUAGCUGGUAUAGUGUCUCUGGAUGUCACCUCGGUCUCUGCUAGAGCAGCUCAACUUGGAGUUACUUUCACAGAGUCGAGCCUGUGGAUCAGCAGCGAGGCGUGCGAUGCUACCAGCGAUGCUGGUCUUGAUUCGCCUCUCUGGUUCUCAGUGGGCCAUGGACCAGGAACUUACAGUGCGGACAAGAAGCACCUUCGGGGUGCGUUCCGAUACCUUACACUUGUGAAUAAUUCUACCGCCAUUAUAUCCCUUGAUGGUCUCAGCAUCAACUACACCGCGGCUCCUACUCAAGAUCUUCGCGGCUACAAAGGCUACUUCCACAGCAGCGAUGAGCUUAUUAAUCGGAUCUGGUAUGCAGGUGCUUAUACCUUGCAGCUCUGCACGAUUGAUCCCACCACCGGAGACUCCUUGAUUUGGUUGGGCGUGAUAUCUUCUUCCGAUAAUAUUACUUUGCCUCAAACCGACUCCUGGUGGAAUAACUACACAAUCACCAACGGCAGUACUACUCUCGUUGAUGGAGCGAAGCGUGAUCGCUUGGUCUGGCCGGGCGAUAUGUCAAUUGCUAUAGGAAGCGCGGCAGUCAGCACUGCGGAUCUGGAAAGUGUUCGCACAGCCUUGGAGUCUUUGUUUGUGCUUCAAAAGGCCAAUGGUCAACUCCCUUAUGCAGGCAGGCCAUUCUUGGAUAUUGUGAGCUUCACGUACCACCUCCACAGUCUGAUCGGCGCGUCGUCUUAUUAUCAAUAUACUGGAGACCGAAGCUGGAUCACUCGUUACUGGGGACAAUACAAGAAAGGCCUACAAUGGGCAUUGUCGAGCCUGGACGAUUCGGGUCUUGCCAAUAUCACAGCCAGUGCCGACUGGCUACGAUUCGGUAUGGGAGGACAUAACAUCGAAGCCAAUGCGAUCCUUUAUUACGUCCUCAAUGACGCCAUCUCUCUGGCAAGCUUUCUCAAUGAUCGCACCAACGUGGGCAAUUGGAGCACAGCCGCAUCGAGGAUCAAAGCGGCUGCCAACGCCCGUCUCUGGGAUGCACAGAAUAGCUUGUACAAAGACAACGAGACUACGACACUUCACCCGCAAGACGGCAAUGCUUGGGCCAUCAAAGCGAAUCUAACACUUUCUUCUAAUCAAUCUGAGGCUAUCUCUUCUGCUCUAGCGGCACGGUGGGGGCCUUAUGGAGCACCCGCACCUGAAGCCGGGUCAACAGUCUCUCCCUUUAUCGGCGGGUUUGAACUGCAAGCGCACUACUUAGCCAACGAACCAGAUCGAGCACUAGAACUUCUGCGCCUUCAGUGGGGCUUUAUGCUUGAUGACCCACGCAUGACAAACUCCACUUUUAUUGAAGGUUACUCAACUGAUGGAUCACUGGUCUAUGCUCCUUAUCGAAACACACCGCGAGUGUCCCAUGCCCACGGAUGGUCUACGGGUCCCACCUCCGCUCUCACAUAUUACACGGCGGGACUGCGUCUGACAGGUCCCGCUGGCUCGACCUGGUUGUUCAAGCCUCAACCUGGUAAUCUCACCGAGGUUCAAGCCGGGUUUGAAACACGCCUGGGACUAUUCGCAACUCAAUUUCAGAAAUCUGCAGCCGGGACGUUUCAGCAGUUGACAUUAACUGCACCUAAUGGUACUUCAGGGUCUGUGGAGAUUGAGGGCGCUACUGGACAGUUGAUAUCUAGCCGUGGGCAAGCUGUGAAGUUAGUCAAUGGCAAGGCUCGAGGUCUACAAGGGGGUACUUGGAUCUUGAAGGGAAUAUAGAUCUUCCAUUCUAGAUCUGAGAGACGAGACAUUUUGGGAUGUCUGCCAGCGAAAAGGGUGUCUCGUCAUUCUAUACUCAAAAUAUUAGCAACUUGCGUCACAUAGCAUCAUGCAAUCUGCCUGGACAUAAUUUCAUGUCUAGGCUUCAAUUACCUCACAGCUGAAUUGAAAUUCAGUCGAUGUAACACGGUGUCCGACAAUAUAGUCCAACCGUCUUUACCGACGACAUGUGACUCAGAGCG